UGCGCACUGGCCAUGCUGCUGCUCAUCAACAGCGCCAACUGCCAGGUGGCCGGCUUUGCGAUGGCCACGGUGGGCUGGAUCCUGACCACCACGUCCAUGGGCCUCGUGGAAUGGAGAGUGUGGUACAUAGAGAACAACGCCCUCAUGCCCCCGGGCCUGGUGUGCGUGGGCAUGUGGAAAGUCUGCGUGUACCACCACGUCAGCGACCACAACAAAGUCACCCUGUGUCAACGGUACAGCUACCGCGACCCGUAUCUCCCGCUUGAUAUUCGUGUCUCCCAAAACCUCCUGCUGAUCGCCAGCAUCCUAGGCCUCCUGGGGCGAGCCUCCAUCAUCUUCGCUCUCAGGAACGCGUACCUGGGAAUUCUGCGGGAGAACGCCACCUUCAACCCAUUCGUCGCUUCGGGAAUCCUGAACCUGGCCUCCGGCAUCUGCAUCGCCAUCACCGUGGUCUGGAAUUACCACUCCGUGAUGAGCGAGCAGGGCAUUUCCUUCCCCCCGUCGCUGUUGAUUCCCUUCAAGCCAAACACUCAGGAGAUCGGCAGUGCCUUUCUGGUGGCGUGUCUGGCCGCCUUCAUGAUGUUGCUGAGUGGGGUGAUUUUCCUGUCCCACAAGUUCUCCACGGCUACCCAAGUGCAUCCUCAAACUUCCGACACGUGA